AUGGAGACGGCCAAAAUGAUCUCUUCAAACCGAGAAAGCAAGCCAAAAAAUGAUCUCCAAGAUUUGCUUGCAACCCUUCCCAGUGAGAAAGAUUGGGAUGGAGCUCCCCUUUAUUUCUACAAAGGGGUCUGGUAUCCUGUUUUUGCCAUUAGAGGAGCUCUUUCCUUUCAACAACAUUUCAUUGCACAAGAUACAGAUAUAAUACUAGCAAGCAUGCCAAAAUCAGGCACGACUUGGUUGAAAGCUCUCACGUUCUCUGUUGUAAACCGCAACAUUUACAGUCCAAAAGAGAGUCCCUUGCUUACUACCCCACCUCAUGAACUCGUGCGCUUCUGUGAGAUGGAUCUUUACUCAAAAAUCCAGCUCCCAGAUAUUGAAAAACUUCCUUCCCCAAGAAUUUUCAGUUCUCACUUCCAUUAUGAAACUUUGCCGCUGUCCAUUAGAGAUUCUAAUUGCAAGAUUGUUUAUAUAUGCAGGAACCCUUUGGAUCAACUUGUCUCAUAUUUUCAUUUUGCUCGCAAGUUCGAAAGAGAGAAUAUGGAGCCUUUAUCAUCAAUUGAUGAAGGUUUCGAUAACGUUUGUAGUGGUAUCCAGUGUUAUGGACCCUUUUGGGAUAGUGUGUUGGGGUAUUGGAAAGCAAGCAUAGAAAGGCCAGACAAGGUGCUGUUUUUGAAAUAUGAAGAUUUGAAAGAGGAUAUAUCCUCUAACUUGAAGAAACUGGGAGAGUUCUUGGGACUCCCUUUCUCUGAGAAAGAAGAGAAAGAAGGGGUGAUUGAAGAAAUAUCAAAGCUGUGCAGCUUUGAUAAUCUCAAGGAUUUGGAGGUGAAUAAAACUGGUGUCUUUGAAUGUGCUGGAGCUCCAAACAGUACUUUCUUUAGGAAAGCAAAGGUGGGAGAUUGGUGCAAUUAUCUAAGUCCUUCCAUGGCCGAACGUUUCGGAAAGAUAGUGGAAGAAAAGAUGGCUCGCUAA